AGACUUUGGCAGCCUUUUUCAUUCACCAAGAUCACUUCCACUUCCGUCAUUGUAAACAACUAGUGGCUAGACGACGGCAGCAGGACGGGAGACAAUGACCCGCAUCACGGUAUGCAGAACAAUAUCAGGACUCCUUGAAAAGCCAAUUUGUUUCCCUCGGAUCGUGUGUUACGUGCGAAGAUAAAUAUCCAAUCCAAUUCUCAUACUUGAUAUUGACAAUGAGGAAUGCAGUUACAAUCCUGGGAGCAGGAACUCAAGGAAGGCGUCUCGCUUACAUGUGGUCAAGUCGAGGAAGACCAGUCAACCUAGUUGAUCAAGCGCCUGCUGCCUUGGAGGGAGCACUAAAGGAUAUUGACCACUUCAAAAAUACAAUAGGCAAGGCGGAUGGACACGGAGGUGGAAUAGUCUUGACAUUUCGGGGGAAUGAAUUGGGUGAAGCGUUGAGCGGUGCUUGGCUAGCUGUUGAAAAUGUGCCCGAAUCUCUGGAAUUGAAACGCUCUGUCAUUCAGCAGCUGGACAACAUAGCAGAUGCAGAGACAAUCGUUGCUUCGAACUCAAGUAGCUUCACAGUUCAGGAGAUUAUUGAAGGUUUAGAUCUGCAGCAUGCUUCGCGAUGUGUCAGCUUGCAUUCAUACUGGCCACCAGAGACCCCAGCGAUCGAAAUCAUGGGCUCAACUAUCACUAAGUCAGAAAUCAUCACUCGGCUCAUGGAUGAAUGCAAGACUCACGGAUUCGAUCCUUUUCAUGUCAAGAAAACUUCUAAUGGCUAUAUCUACAAUCGAAUCUGGGCAGCGAUCAAACGGGAAGCUUUGUUCGUAGCAGCUGAAGGAGUUGCAACUCCAGCAGAGAUCGAUGCUAUAUAUAAAUCCGUUCUCAAGACACCGAAGGGACCAUUUGAGCAAAUGGAUACUGUAGGACUGGAUGUUGUAAAAGACAUUGAGGAGCACUAUGCCGAAAAUAGAGAAUCGCUGCCGCAGGAGCCACGAGAUCUAUUGGCUCGGAUGAUUCGAGAAGGGAAGCUUGGGGUGAAAUCAGGCGAAGGAUUCUAUGAAUAUUAGAUGAAAUACAUGUCUACUCAGAUGAUGGAGAUGCUCGUCACGAGAAGAUCUCACGAAGUGAUCUUAAGCGAAC